AAAGCACUGCGGGGUCAACAACUGCAAUUGAGUUCCAGGCGGGGUGCCGGGGUGCCGACGAAAAAAAUCUUCGGUUGACUCACCCACGCUGCUCGGCGGGGCAGAGGUGACAAAAAGAGGGAACUAUUUCAGCGACUUCGGGAAGCGGCCGUUAGCAGAACCGCCACUGCUUUUCCACAUUGCGUCUUGCACCUCCCGUUUUAACGAUCCGCUCCUGCAAACAACACACCAGUCAGAUACACAUCAUGGGCGGCACAGAAGGCGCGAAUGCUGCCAAUGGCACCAGUGGUGUCUCGAACGGGGGUGCCAAUUUCCGGUCGAGCCCCUACCAGCCCGUCGGCGACUUCCUCUCCAAUGUCGGCAGUUUCAAGAUCAUCGAGUCGACCCUGCGAGAGGGUGAGCAAUUCGCCAAUGCCUACUUCGACACCGAGACCAAGAUCAAGAUUGCCAAGGCCCUCGAUGCCUUCGGCGUCGACUACAUCGAGUUGACCUCGCCUGCUGCUUCCGAGCAGUCGCGCAGGGACUGCGAAGCGAUUUGCAAGCUCGGCCUGAAGGCCAAGAUCCUGACACACGUCCGCUGCGACAUGCGUGAUGCCAAGCUCGCUGUCGAGACUGGCGUGGACGGCCUCGACGUCGUCAUUGGCACGUCGAGCUUCCUCCGGGAGCACAGCCAUGGCAAGGACAUGGCCUACAUCGAGAAGACGGCGAUCGAGGUGAUUGAGUACAUCAAGUCUAAGGGGCUUGAAGUCCGGUUCUCGAGCGAAGACUCCUUCCGGUCCGACCUGGUUGACCUCCUGUCUUUGUACAGGGCGGUCGACAAGGUGGGAGUGAACCGUGUGGGUAUUGCUGAUACCGUCGGCUGCGCUACUCCCAGACAGGUCUACGAUCUUGUCCGGACGCUGAGAGGCGUUGUUUCCUGCGAUAUCGAGACACACUUCCACAACGACACGGGCUGCAGCAUCGCCAACGCGUACUGCGCCCUGGAAGCAGGUGCUACCCAUAUCGAUACCAGCGUGCUCGGCAUUGGUGAGCGCAACGGUAUCACCCCUCUUGGCGGCCUCCUGGCGCGCAUGGUCGUGACCAGCCCGGAGUAUGUCAAGAACAAGUACAAGCUCCACAUGCUCAAGGAGAUUGAGGAUAUGGUUGCCGAGGCUGUCGAGGUGAACACUCCGUUCAAUAACCCCAUCACGGGUUUCUGCGCCUUCACCCACAAGGCUGGUAUCCACGCCAAGGCCAUCCUCAACAACCCCAGCACGUACGAGAUCCUUAACCCGGCCGACUUCGGUUUGACCCGCUACGUCCACUUUGCGUCGCGCCUGACGGGCUGGAACGCCGUCAAGACAAGAGUUGGGCAGCUUGGUCUGGAAAUGACGGAUGAGCAAGUCAAGGAAGUUACUGCCAAGAUUAAGGCUCUGGCUGAUGUGCGGCCGAUUGCCAUUGACGAUGCCGACUCGAUUAUCCGCGGUUUCCAUCUGAGCCUGCACAAGCAGGACGGCCCGGCGCCGCCGGUCGAGGUGCGAAACGGGGAACCGGUCGAGCUGUCGAAUGGGCAAUAAGCUGCCCGCAGCGCGCUGGAUUGUACGAGGAGGAUUCGAUUUGUCGUUAGGCCACAUCAUCAUUCGGAGUUUGAUUGACCGUCAAGGGGAAAGGGCGAUCUUCUUUUCGUUCAAUGGUUGCGCAUGUUGCACCCGAUCUGGAGCAACUAAAAAGUUCUGCAUGGGGAGAUCAAAAACUACAAAAGAAGGGGCAAGCAUUGUUUGAUUCAAAUCUUGCUGGUACGCCACUUGAUGGGAAGUCCUCUUGGGCAGUCCCCUUGGGCAGUUCGAAGCUGAGCAGGGCGAUGUUCACCACCUCAGCAUCCGGCCGGCCAAUGAGAGAAGGCAUAACGUUACGCUCCGGCUUUAGAGCAAUGGCACCACCAGGCAGGGACGUCAUUGUGCAUAUGUUCCGUGCUGGGAUGCCGUCAACACAGCCAGGAGACUUGUUGGGAAGCGUGAGGAACUGGUGCUGGUUUCUGUUCCCUUCUGUUGGGACGUAGGCUGGGAUGUGGUACGGCGCCUGAUGCUCGCCUGGCCACAACAAAGUCGAGUACUCCGUACACAGUCAAGCUUACACAGCCGGCG